AGGGCCCUAACGUCAAUCAAGCGAUUGUGAAAGUGACAUUUUCUAUCAUGCAUCCGAUCGCAGGAAAAGUAUUUACAAAAUAUAAAACCAUUCUGAAUAUUGUAGAGGGAAAAACUUAUGAAUUACCGGAUUUUAUAAGCAUUGCCCAUUUGGAAAGAUUAAUUUCCGAUGACCUGACGAUUCAUUGCGACUUUGAACAAAUUGUUCAAGACUUUGACGCCUUUAAACCGCUAUUGAACAGUAAAAAAUUUAGCGACAUAGAAUUUCGAGUUCCUGGUGAAACCUUUGCGGCUCACAAAUUAGUCUUGUCUCUGAGCAGUAAUUUUUUUCGAGAAAAGCUUGAGAAUGAGAAUUAUAUAUCUUACAUAGAAUACCAUAAUGGAGAUCCAAAAGUAGCUUACGAAAUGCUGAGAUUCAUGUACACCGGUAAAGUGAAUAAUCUUGAAAUUCAGGAAUUUGCUACUCUUCUUAAAUCCGGCGAGAUUUAUGGAAUCAAUGGUUUGAGGGCCGAAUGCGAGAAAAAAUUAAUCGCCAAUUUUAAAGUGGAAAAUGUCAUCAGUGCUAUUCUGCUUCACCCUUAUGAUGACUCUGAUUUUGGGGAUAUGGUUUUUCCCCACGAAUGUUAUGUAUUUAUUAAAGAUCAUUUCAAGGAGAUUAUCUAUUUGGGAGUUUGCAAAGACUUGAUAAAAAGAGAGCCAAGAUAUCUGCGGGAUAUAUUAAAUUUUAUCUGCGAGGGCUUAAAUGUAUCAAAAUGCAAGAAAAUAUCAAACAUUUCUCCGACCUAUUCUCAGAUUCCAGGCUGCUUUUCAAGAAGAUGUGAUGCAUUUCUUAACAACAAAACCAGCAGUGACAUUGAAAUUCACGUUGGUGAUAAAAUAUUUUAUGGACAUACGGAGGUUUUAGCGACGAGAAGUCGUUUUUUUAAGAGAAUGUUUGAGCGUAGACUCCAGAUGACAAUUCCAGAUGUGGCGGAAAUAAAAGACAUAGAGUCUGAAGUCUUCUGCGAAGUUUUGCGGUUUAUCUACACUAAUAAAGUAGAAAAAAUUGAUAUUAUUGCGAAGGAAAUUUUAAUUGCGGCUAAUAAAUAUGAGAUCGAUGAUUUGAAGUUGCUGUGCGAGGAUAUGAUCGAAGCAAAAUUGACAAGAGAAGAUGUUCGAAGGACUAUUGCAUUUGCUGAUGAUCAUAAUUUGAUGCGAUUGAAGGACAAAUGCCUGAAGUUUAUUGUAGAAAAAUUUUGUUUGUACGGAAAUUGGAUUUUCCGCCCCGCUGGACGUCGUUUGACCGAUUACUUAUUAAAUCAUCGCCCACAUUUACUUUUAGAAGUUUUGAAUAAACUUGCUUCGGAUUAUGAACUUGACUUGUCUGCUGAAUUGUUUUAAAUAACAAUAUUCUGGGAUUAUAUUUU